ACGCGUGCGAUUUGUUGCACAUGUGAGUACACCUUGAGGGAUUGGCACAUUUGGUACGGAAAGGAUAAAUCAGGAUAAAUCGUGAGGAUCGUGAGGAAUGUGAAUAGAAUCAGUCUACGGAUUACUUUUACGGAAAGAAAGAUCCGAGUUGUCGAGAGAGAAGGUUCUCCACGAUCUGUAAAAGUGGGAUUCAAGCAUCGUAUCAGGUCCAGGUCCAGGUUAGCCCUUAAUUUGUGCUGUUAUGGACAUGGUGAUGUCGAAUUUGCAACAGCAACGCCAAGUGACGGAGCAGCUGCGCCGCGAGGCCGCCUUGAAGCGGAUCACGGUGAGCAAAGCCGUCGAAGACAUCAUGAAGUACAUCACCGAGCACGAGCAGGAGGACUGCCUACUGGUGGGCUUCUCAUCACAGAAGUCAAAUCCCUUUCGUGAGAAAAGCACCUGUGUCGUACUUUAAGCCCGCAUGUUUGAAGUAAAGGAUGGCACAGGAGAGACUAAUGAUAAUAUUACUUUUGCAUCUUUUUAAUUGCGCAUUGGCUCAUUGCAGUAAUAAGUAUACAUAUAUUCAAGAUUAUAGGAUCUAAGUAAUUUUGUAUUUAAAUUAUUUUAUGAUACAUAUUUAUAUAAGGUUGUUGAAAGUGUGCAAAAAUUCAAAUUUUCUAUCUUAACAUUUGUCAUUAGAAAUGCACAUUUUGCAUAAUGUUUAUAAGAUUUUUUCAAAACAUAGUUAAACAAUUCUGUGUGAGUUAUACAGGAAUUUGCAUGUGCCUUAUCCUUUUGUGGCCUAAUCAAAAUGACUAACUGUAGCAGAUAUAUUUAAAAUAGAACAUAAUAAAACAAUGUAUUUUGAUAUACAUAAAUGGAAAUAUUGUUAAACAUUCAUAUGCAUUUAAAUUGUCAGAACAUUACCAUCUUGGUGCCUUAAUAAUUUUAUCUUCCUACAUCUAUAAUAGUAUUAUUCUAAUAAAAUGUAUUAAAAAUAACAAUAGAUAUUUUAAUAACAGAACGUUAUAUAUUGCCAAAUAAAAAACUGAGUUUAUUUAUAUAAAUUUUAUGAUGUUACAUUGUGCAUUAAUUGGAAUUGGUUUCUAAAUACCUAUAUCCAUUUCAAGACUGACAGCAAUUAUAUAACAAAACAAAAUUGAAAUAUUCUAAAGAAACAAGAUUUUAACAUACAAUUUCACAGGUAUAUAUAAGAUACAUAUAUUAUAAGUGUAUAUUUGUGAAAUAAAAUGUAGCAUUUAAAAACGAA